AUGUCUGCAGUAGUUUCGCUCCGUCGCUUGAGCCGAUCCGAUCCGGAAUCCACGGCCGACCCCCACGCCCUUGACGCGGACUCUCGGGGACAGCAUAAAAGCGGCGGAGCGGCGGCGCCUGGGAAAACCUGGAGCUCGGCAGACAUGUACCGGAGUCACAGGGCUCAGCGUUUCAAACACGCCAAGAGCGCAGCUUCCAGGAAAGCGGAGGCUGCUUUUAUUCGGGACAAAUAUCCACAGAAGAUCCCAGUCAUUGUGGAGCGGUAUCCCGGAGAGCUGUACCUGCCCUUCCUGGACAAAGCUAAAUUCCUUGUUCCCCAGGAGAUGACAAUGUGCCAGUUUGUUACCAUCAUCAGGGAUCGUCUGGCUCUGUCAUCCAGUCAAACAUUUUACCUGUUGGUGAAGAACCGAAGCUUGGUGAACAUGUGCGCCACCAUGUGUGAAUUAGACCAGGAUUACAAGGACUCUGAUGGCUUUCUUUAUAUGACUUAUGCAUCCCAAGAGAUGUUUGGCUCUUAUUGGUCAAGGUUUGUUUCUGUUCCAGGGAAAACAAGAAGGUGGGAGCCUUGUGGGGUAGCCACUCAAUUCCCCGGUACAAUAGCUGAUUUAGUCUAA